CACGAUAUUGGUGUGUUUUGACGACUUUAAACUGAAAAAACUCGAUUGUGAUAAUUAUGGAAAGGAAUGGUUAUGUUGUUGCUUUGAUAUUAUUAUUUUUUUAUACGGGACAGUCUAAAUGUUUCCUGUCCCUAUUUCAUGGAUGCUUCACUGGUUUUGAUUCUAACAUUUCCUUUAUGAGUAGCUAUAUGUCGAUUGAAAUGUGUUCUAAAUUUUGUGAUGAACAGCAUUAUACCUGGGCAGCAACUUCGGGUCACGUGGAUGGAGAUAUUUUGGACUCACAUAAUGUCGCUAAGUGUUGCUGCAGUAAAGAACCAGCCCAUACUGAAAUCAACGAAACAUUCUGUAAUUCACCUUGCCCAGGAAAUGGAAAUGAAACAUGUGGGGGUCAAAAUACAACAUUUGUGUCAAUGUACAGUGUAGUUCAAGACGACAACAAUCAUCAAGACGCAAUAAAUAGUAAGUACAACGUUAUGGAUAAACAAAAUAAUCAGCUAAAUUACGCUUUCGAUGUAGUACGCCUGACGUAUGAGCAGGUGUCAGAAGUGUAUGUAGUCCUCUACGUAAACAGAUGA